CUGCAAAGUUUUAUUAUGUAUAACUGAGGUGGAGCUUAGCAGCUCGGAACAAUUUGAUAAAUAGCCUGGAUUAUAUUUAAUGUAUUAUAUGAUGAGGGAGGGUUGACGGUUCGUUGAGUCCUCGUGGAGAUAAUAUAUACUUUAUACAUGCCCAUUAAUCCCCUCUACAAUUGUUUUGGCGUAAAAAAACGGUUACGUUCCCCUGAAUCCUACACCAAUGGUAAGCCUAGCGGAAGAAUGGAUAGGUUCAACAGGCUAGACAAGCAAGAAGCAGCCAGCAGUUCGACGAGAUACGAGGAGCGACAGGGAACCACUGCGACUAUCGAUGAGGAAGACGAAGAAGAUGACCGUGAUGAAGAGCACGAUGAAGAUGACGACGAGUGGUGGGCUAGCGACAGUGGUUCUUCCAGCGGGUCUUAUUAUUCUGACAGCGAAAGUUACACUGACAGCUCCUACGCCGAAUGGGAAACAGAUAUAGGACCCUUGGGCGAAGUAUUUUAUAUAGAAUCGUUGUCCGAGACCCCUGGGAGCAAUAAAAAACCCGAGAAGCCAGAAUCACCGCCCCCGGAAUUAAAAAGAAAACGAAGUACCCGAGCCGGAAAGCUUAUGAGAUUGAUCAGAAGGCGCGAGAGCAAAAGGUAUAGCACGAGAAAUAAAAAGUCCAAGGGUGAUUCUAAACAGGAGGGCAAUGUCUCCAAGGAAGGGAGUAAAGAAGUUAAAUUUCAAGAUUAUCAGGCAGGUGAAAUAAAAGAAGUGAUGCUGUGGGUGGAUCCAGAAAAACGGCACAAGCUAGGUCGACGCGCAACUUUAUGCGAAGCGUACCUAGGAAUAGUCCCCGGUGAUUUUUCCGACAAAGUACGAGUGAUGGUAUCAGGAUUUAUCCCCGACGGCGAAGCAAUAAAAAACAAGAACAUAAAAAUAGGAGACUGGCUAAGAAGUAUCGACGACUACGACGUGACAACAGAGAACAUAGAGCCUUUGCUGAACCAAAUAUCCUCGCCGAUGAGCCUGAAGCUCCAGCUGCAGCGAGUCGCGGGCAUUGAAGUUACCGAAGACGAGCCUUCGAGUAUUCCAAGGCAAUCUGCGCGAGUUCGUCGCCUGGUGGACCGAGAGCGGAGCAAAAAAUUCAUGAACGCGCUGUUGGAUUACUCCUUUGGAGUUAUUUACCUCCAAACAUCCGGGCUGUCAGAAACCGGUCCUGAGUUGCAAGGAGUCAUGUAUACGUACCCAAGGUCGGAGAACAAGUCUCAAAAUUCAAUUUUGUGCUCUGCAAGAGGCGCUUUUGUCACACUGAAUCAUCUUCUUCCAGAGACGUUCAGCGCUAUUCCCUCCAGCACGACUAUUUCCGUAGGAAGCGAGCGGAUCCACGUGCUCUACGUAGCUCGGAAUGACGAGCUGCUGCUCUUGGCAGUCCCCGAGCGCUGGUACAGCCUCGAGGAGUCUCGAGAAUUGAUGAACGAUAUCGUGAGAACUCUGGAGUUUUCUUACGCGACUCUUCACAAAUGCUUCGCUGAUGAGUACAAUCACCUGGAGCUGGACCACAUGUUCUACUUAACAUUCACCAGGCUGCUGGGCAUUGACCACGACGAGGACCCGGUUGAUGAUGAGGUUCACCAGAUAAAAACCGCGAUCCAGAGGCGAGAAAAAUGCGAGUUUGAAAAAAUAGUCGGCGCUGCCCAGCAAGUCCAGCUGCCCAUGGAAGCCCAGUUUGAAAUAGACUGCGCGCUCAAUGAAAUGGAGGCCAUGGACUGCCGCGAGUGGAACGAAGACCCGAUGGAGUGCCAAAGGCUCUACACCAUCCUCGGGACUUGCGUUUAUCACAAGAGCUACUUGCUGACUUCUCAUAUCAUGCAUCUGGACUUUCUGGAGGUUCACUCUUUUCUGAGGAUGAAUGGGCUGCUGGAGCUGAUGGAGAAUGAACCGGUCAAGAGCUUGGUUGUCUGGAGGUCGGUCUAUCCCAAGUCUUGUCAUCGAGGGAUUGUUACUGAUCCCAAGACUCAGUUCUGCGCGCCUGAUGCCAAGUGGUUCGUCCUGGUCGUCGGCUACGAAACUGAGUUUCUUGUUGCGUUGUUUGAAAGCGGGGCUACGUCGCAAACUAUUAUUGAGGACGGUCCUGAUAUUUUUUAUGUUGAAGAGGCUCAGGAGACUCUCAGGCAUAUUCAGAAGGUUGGUGUACCUAUUUAUGCUGCCAAGUGGAUCGCGUCCAAUGCCAAACCUGAGACUGUUGAUCUCAAAGAUAAAAUCGGUGGAAAGCAUCAUAGUAUUGCGGAAAAUUUGCUCGGGUUGAUCAAGUCCUCGGAUAGUUCUAGCGCACCGGCUAAGAGCAAUUGUGGUACUAUUAAAAAAGUCCCGGAGGUUACUUCUAUUUUGAAGAAGAGGAGUCCUGAGCAAAGUCUUGUUAUUACUGGGUCGAUGUACUCAUUUCAAGCAUCUGAAGAAUCAUUGAGCCAAGGAGGAGCAAUGAGUGAACAAAGUGAUGAUGGAGCGCCAAUUUUAGGCAGACGAGCAUUAAGAGAAAGAUAUCUCGCCCAAUCAAGAGUUGAGUCUGACGACAGCGACUCUGAAAUAGACAUGUACCGUCAAGACUGUGACCAGCAGCAGCACUGUCCGUUCGAUUUCACAGACAUCCGUGAGAGCUUGCUGAGCCAAUCAGAAGUUAUUUCCCCUAUACGCAUCACCACUGGGCCCAAGAAUGUAUUGAUACACUACGUGCAUCUGGACCCCUUUGAAGGGGUCCUGAUGUCCUCAAGGACGAUUGAGAACCCUGGAAAGAACGCAGAUGUGAUUGACAUUUUCAACGAGUGCGCUCAUACAAUCCACAAGCUGCUGGGCAACACGGUCCGAUUUAAGACCAUGGCUAUUGAGGAUCCAGCCAGUGUAGCAAUUAAUAAAAAUCUCGUGGCGAUAAAAGAGCACGGGAUUUUAUUCGAAUACGAGGGUAUCAAUUUCUGGGUGAUUGGGCGAUUGUUUGAGACGCCUUGCCUCAAAGAAUUUUAUGUGUGUUAUGAAGAUUCUGUUCCCCAAAAUUUAAUUGAAAUGGCUUUUAAACUGCAAAGUACAUGGCACUGACAGUAAUCAAUUAUCUAUAUUAUUAAGAAAAUAAGCAAAAUUUUGUUUAUUUAUAUUUCACAAGUCACGGCAGUCACAUAGUGACUGCAAGGUUGCUAGUUGUGAUUAUUUUUUGUUUACUUCGUAUCGGUGCCUGCAAUAUGAAACUUUAAAUAAUAUUUUAAUAUGUAUUAUAUAUAUUAAAAUGAUAGUUAAAAAUUUAGACUA